AGGAGGAAGGUGCUGUUCACUCUGACUUCACUGUACUUUGACACAGUCAGGGCUCUUCAGUCACAUUCGGACAGAGUGGGAAAUAAUCAAACUGAGAAGGAUAACCAUCCCGCCAGUGGUCGAUGUUACCAGUCUUGUAUGCACCUGGAAAGAGUUCCAGAUCCUCUCCGGGAUGGAUCUGACAUUCUCCAACUUGAACCCAUCUUCCCCAGAGAGCUUGGAGCUCCAGCUCCGAGUGGACUUCUUCCGCAAGUUGGGUUACUCCAUGGCUGAGGUCAACGCCGCACUCUCCAAGCUGGGCCUCAGUACGGACAACAACUCCAUGCUGGAGGAGCUGGUUCAGAUCAGCAGCGUUGCGCUGGCUUCAUCCGGCGGCGAGCAGGAAGAAAGGAGCGCACACCCCAAAGAGGAUUCAAAUCGAGUGUCCAGACCCCUCAGAAAUUUGACUCAACUUGAGGGUAAGAAGAGUGAGGAUUCCGCGUUGAGGCCCAUUGUGAUUGAUGGCAGCAAUGUUGCCAUGAGUCACGGCAACAAGGAAGUGUUCUCAUGCCGAGGCAUCCAGCUGGCAGUCAACUUCUUCCUGCAGAGAGGACACACAGCAAUCACGGUGUUUGUUCCGUCUUGGCGGAAAGAACAGAGCCGACCCAAUGCGGCCAUAGAAGAUAAGCACAUCCUGAUGGAGCUGGAAAAGCAGAAACGAGUGGUCUUCACUCCGUCGCGCCGCGUUGGCGGCAAGUUGGUGGUUUGCUAUGACGACCGCUUCAUCAUCAAGUUGGCGUACGAUUCGGGAGGCGUGAUCGUGUCCAAUGACACCUACCGCGACCUGCAAGAGGAAAGACUCGAGUGGAAGAAAUGCAUCGAAGAGAGGCUCCUCAUGUACUCCUUCGUAAAUGACAAGUUCAUGCCCCCAGAUGACCCUCUGGGCCGUCACGGUCCCAAUCUUGACAACUUCCUCAGGACGAAGCCACUACCCAAAGAGCAAAUGAGACAGCUGUGUCCAUAUGACAAAAAGUGCACUUAUGGCAUAAAAUGUAAGUUCUACCACCCAGAGAGGGCUAGCCAGUCUUACCUGUCCUUGGCCGAUGAACUGAGAGAAAAAGCCCAGAUUUCCCCUGACAGACCGUCUCAGUCGAUGCCCUACAUCCGUCCUCAGGAACUCGACAUGUUAGACCAUCAGUGGUCUUCACAUCCCGAUCUGGUUUGUCAAAACAAAGUGUUGUACUGGGAAGGUCCAAAUCCUGCUUCGGCCUCUGGUCAGUCAAGAGUGUUCCGGGCCCAACCAUUACCACUCCAGUGCCCCUCAAGAGUACUUGGACUCUGGCCUAGGCUCCUAUGAAAGCCAGUACUCUGGCGUUUGCUUCAGGAAUUCGCACAGGCUCGCCACCCAGCUCCAAAGUGCUGGACCCAAACAGUCCUGUGGAUGCUCCAGAAACCUGGAUUCUGCAAGUCAAUUCAUGUUCCCAGCAGGUGCAGUGCAGAACCACAGUUUACCAGGCCCAUUCAGUGGAGCUCCUCAUUGCUGGGGAAAUUACUGGUCAGAUCCCUUUCACAGGCCCCCCCAAGCUGGAAGAUGCUGUCCCCUUCCGGGCGCAGUUCACCCCUCGCACCAGGACAGCUUUUGUUGCUCCUGCUCGGGGCAGCAGUACCCCUUCUGGCUUCAGAAGCAGUUUGACGGCCAAAGACUACAACUGCGCAAGAAACUGCAAGCCAUUUUCAGCCCUCAACAGGUGGAUACGGUGAUGGACAUGUUCCCACAUGUGAUAAACGCCGAGAAACUGGCCGCAGAGAUCCUAAACUUGAAGGCUCAGAAUAGGAUUUUCCUGUAAAUUCUGGCAGCACCCACAGAAUUUGUUAUAAACGUCUAUAUCCAAAGUGGGAAAAUCUAUGGCAGAUGGGUCAGGGCCACGGUGCAAUUGUAAGAAAAAGCAAAACCUCAAAGAAACUGUUAUCCAAAUGCUUUAAAAAAUGCUCAUCAUAUAUGAUAAUACACGUUUGAUUUUGGCAUCGUAUUUUUUCAUGCAUUUAGUAUGGCUCUCGGAGGACUUUGUAGUGAGGAUUGCUCCUUCAAUGAAUUCAAAAAGUUUGAUGAAAAAACAUUAAAACACAUUCUUUUAUUUUUAUG